UAACAAUUCAAAUCCAGUUACAGACGCGAAAUGAUCUUCGCAAUGGCAACGCGUCGUCGGUCUACCAAGAGUCUCCUGCACCUGAAUCGGUCGCUCGUCAGCCUAAUCGCGGCAUUGCUUAUUUUCACGUUGCAGUUGUCACUGUGCCACGCCCAAUCGCAGCCACGCCUCACUCGCCGGCCCAUAACGAAAACAUCGAUUGAAGGUUCAAGCGAGCGAUCUGUGGCACCCGAUCAACUGGCCCAGGCUGCGAGUCGCUCAGAUGGACAAGGUCGCAACUAUCAGCGUCGCGGAUCGGUGGUGCAUUCAAGGACCAAGGAGCCUAGUCAGGACUACACCUAUGGCCAACUGGAAUUGAAUCUCAUACGACCCGAACACGAGACGUCUUCACUGCCGCCGCAUGGCAAAAUCAAUGCGUAUUAUGGCAGCUCAACAACCCAAUCGAAUAAUGUGCCACACGAGGAGGCGCAUCACGACAAGGCGCUGGACGAAUCGGAGACGGCAGCCGAGUACGUGGUCAAUGCCAUGAAGAUGGCAUAUGGCACACGGCACAAGGAUGCACAGCAGCCGCAGCUGCGUGUUGUGGCUGCCACGCAGCGACCUUAUCAUCCGAGUUCGAGUACAGAACAGCAACAGCAACAUCAGCAGCAGCAGCAGCAACAGCAACAUCAGCAACGUCAGCCACAGCAGCAACAAUAUCAUGAGCCACAACAUCAGCAGCAACAGCAACAACACCAACAGCAGCAACAUCCGCAGCUGCAACACCAACAACAGCAUCAGCAACCGCAGCAGCAACAUCAUCAGCAACAGCAGCAGCAACACUUGGAGCAGGAGGCACACAAACAAGCCAAGGCACAAGCACAAGCCGCAUUAUUGGAGGCACAGAUGCAGGCAGAGCUGCAAGCCCAACUCGUGGAGCAGCAGGCAUUACUGUUGGUUGAGCAACAACGCCAACAGCAUCUGCAACAACAGCAACAGCAACCACAUGCAAUUGAGAGCGCAGCUAGUGAGGCAUCUCCCCCAGCGCCAGCGCCAGUUUACGAGAAGGAAUCAGGGCCACGCAGCUACGAAAUCUACGAGACACCCGCACAACCAGACACCGAACCAGGCGCAGCGGUUGCAGCUGCCCCGGCUGGUGCUGCUGGUGCUGCUGGUGGCGACAUCGAACGCUUGUAUCGCACCAAAUACUACAGCUAUCCAGCGCCGCAGCCAUAUCGCAAUCUCGAGGCAGAGGCCGAGGAAAAGGUGCGUGUGUCGGCCUCCACGGAAAUACCCAAGGCGGAGAUCAUGAAGCAGAUCGAGAAGAGCGUCAUUAAGUACAUGAAAGAGCUGGAGGCUGAGGGCAAGAUAAUAACAACACCGCAAGAACUUGCGCCGCCAGCCACCAAGACCUACUACAAGCUGCUUUCGCUGCCCAACUCGAAUCGCGACGUUGCCUCAUCCGUGGUCGAAGAGAAGCGCUACAGCAGCAACGGAGGCAGCAACAGCGGUGGCAUCAGUGGCAGCGGCAGCACAGUGCGUCCCAAGUACAGCAGCAGCAACGGCGGCAGCAACCAUGGUCGCCAACCCAUUGCGCACAUCUCUAGUCAGCAGCACACACAAUACCAUCAGCAGCAGCAGCAAUCACAGCUGAAGCCCAUUGCACAUGCGUUGACCAAACCCCAACGCUAUCAGGCCGAAACGGAGACUGCCUAUCAAGCACCCGAAUUGUCAGCCGAAGCGCUGGCGCCCAACGUGGAGUUCAUCUAUAAGAUCAAGACGCGUGCACCGCUGCAAACGGCCACCGUGAAGACGGUAUCGAAGCCAUAUACGCUGCCGCUCAAGAGCAGCGCCGAACACUUUGAUCACGGGGCUGCAAUGAAGAACAUCGAGGAGUUUGAUCUAUCGCAUGUGGUGACGACGCCAGAGCGUGAACUCGAACAGGAACGUGUGACGAGCAAGCCACAGAAAUUGUACUUCAAUUCGGAGAUCUAUCACGACAUCAAUUCGCUGCCGUACAAGGGUGAAAAGUUGCGUGGCAGCCAUCUGCAGCAUGCCGCUCAAGAGUAUCGCCACAAGCUCAAAUCGAGCGGUGAACUUCAUCCGGACUACAAGGGUUAUUCGGGUUAUUUUGCUGAGCCCGCUUCCAGCAUGGAACUAGCUGAGAAGCAGCCAGUCAGCGCCUUAGAAGGCGAGGAGAGCGAAGAGAUGGGCUACCCCAUACCGUAUCAGUAUGUGCUGAAGAAGGAGCCGCUCUCGAGCAAGUACGAGGAGGAGCGCGAGAGUUGGGAAUCGUUGCGUCUGGCGCAUGGCAAACCCAACUCGGGUGGCUACAAAUCGAGUGCAGCUGCAGCAGCUGGUGGCAGCAGCAGCAGCAGUUUGGACUACGAUAGCUACAGUCCCAAGUUCAACAACAAUCCCGAGGGCUAUGGCUAUCAGCAUACCUAUAAGACGCGAGGCGUUGGCUCACCGGGUGGCGCUCAAUCCUCUGGCAGCAAUGGCAUCAAACGUGGCAAACGCGGUGGAGGUGCCCAUCCGCAGGCGGGCAAGAAACUGUUGCGAGGCGGUGGCAACUCUGGCGGCGGUGGUGGGGGUGUGGGUGGUGCCACAAUCGUUGGCGGUGGCAAGCACAUGAAGGAUCUGGAGGCCAAUUUGGCACUGCGACCACCACCCAAGAAUUAGUCCAUUACAUUUCUAGUAGUUUAUCAUAUUCCCCAAAAUUGUUGUCAGUUCACAUCUCUGCUACUCAGUGUUAAUUUUUUUUUUGUUUUGUUUUUUUCCCCUUUAGUUUUAAAUGUUAGUUGUGCUAAUGCUAAUUAUUUAUUUGAUAUAGCCUGUUGCUAUUCGUGGGUGGGGGCAACCAUCCAGCUAAGUAGUAAACGAAUGCCGAUUGCUGAUUCGAAUCAUACUCAUCGUACUAUGCCCUAGAGAAAUACUGUUUGUAGUUCACAAUAUGUUAAAUAAAUACAAUUAUGAAAA